AUGUAUCUCACAAAUGCCAUGCUAAGAACGCUACCUUUGCGAGCCUCUCGGUCUCGUCUUUUUACACAAUCGGCUUCUCGGCUACUAUUCAAGCCUCAGAAUAGAGACAGAUCUAAGAUACCACUGACUCUGAUAAACCCAACAGAACCAAUCAAUCAAGAAAUUCAGGUUCUGAAUCUAGACAACACAAAAGAUGUGGUGGCUGGAAAAGCUGGCAAAGAUACCGAGAAGAAGGAUCCAACUUAUGAUGCAAAGUAUGACAAUCAUAAGAUUCUCAAGCGGAUUCCCAAGUUUCUUAGACCCUACACCACGCAGUUCAUAUAUGCACCAGUCUCUCAUGUCACAGCAUUUGUGAUUUUACACGAACUUACUGCGAUUGUUCCAUUGGUUGGAAUUUGGUAUGCGUUACAUGAAUACCAUGACGUUUUGAUGGCGACCACACUCGACUUGCCAACCUGGGCCCUCGAAAAGGGAACACAAGUGAUGGACAAAGUGCUCAAGGAUUGGGAUUUCGGUAGUUACUCAUUGCAUGAUAAGAUGAAGUUUAUUUCGGAGGGCGCAUAUGCGUAUGUCAUUGUGAAGGCCUUGUUCCCAGUGAGAUUGGCAGUGUCCAUAUUAGGAAUGCCGUUCUUUGCCAAAUGGUUUGUUUUGCCAUUCACUAGAUUAUUCUCGCGGGCUAAGAAGAACCCAAACCCCGAGGUGCCGCAGUCCCCCCUGGAGAAGCACUCCGCAAAGAAGGUCGAGCAACCUAGACUAUAG